CUGGGCGGUAGCAUAAAACCGGUGCGCAGUCCUCGCCAGCUUUUAGUUGGUGCGGGCACGCGAGACACGAAGAAUCGACGACGAACACACGGCUCUCUCUCUCUCUCUCGGAAAUCGGAAAUGUUCUAAAGGAUAUAUAGCACGUACGCAAACGGAGUAAAAUCAUCGAGAUCGAGAUGGCCGCCUGCUACAAUGCCUACAGCGCCGGUUCGCAGUCCUUCGAGUUCGACGAGGAGGACGACGACGCCUCCUUCGACAGCGGCUACGAGAAGAGCUUCGAGACGGAGGCCCAGCUGAGCUCCCGCCGGCGGCUGGACUUCGACGGCAGCUACGGCGGCACUCCGCCCGCCCCGGCGGUCCAGCAUCCGUACUCCGGCGGCUGGGACGCCGUGCCGCUCAACUCACCGCCGGCGGGAUUCGUUGGGCUGCUGGACACGAGCAGCAACCACAGCACGCGGAGCGGCAGGACGCUGGUGGAGCACCUGAACAGCCGGGCCUCGAACGGAGCCUUCGAUCCGCCGCUGACCAGCACGCCGGUGAAGUCGCCCGGGGAUCCGGAUGCGCCGCGCCAGAAGCGGAAGUAUGCCGUCGGCAAGAACAGGGUCACCCGCUCCCGGAGCCCCACGCAGGUGGUGCGGAUCAAGCGCUUCCGCCGGAUGAAGGCCAACGAUCGGGAGCGCAACCGGAUGCACAACCUCAACGAUGCGCUGGAGAAGCUGCGAGUGACAUUGCCCUCGCUGCCGGAGGAAACCAAGCUGACCAAGAUCGAGAUUCUGCGCUUCGCGCACAACUACAUCUUUGCACUGGAGCAGGUCCUUGAGAGCGGUGGUUCCAUUAACUUGGACCUGGAGAAGCUGCAGAACUUCACGCUGAGCGGCGAGAGGAUAACCAAGGAGCUGUUCGACGCGCUGUUCGUGAAUCCCCAGCCGUAUCCCAUGUUCGGAUGCGGCAGGAUGUUUCCGUAUGGCCAGAAUGGAAUGGCGCCGCUUGUCCAGGGUCAUCCUGCUCCUGUUCCUCCUGCGGAGCAUCCGCCCGCGAUGGGGGGCUUCCAGCAGGGCGUGGACUACCCGCAGCAGCCGCCAGGAUUCGAUUUCACGGGCAGCAUGCGGUUCUACCACCACCAGCAGCAGCAACAACAAGCACAUCUGCAUCAUAAUCCCCAGCAGGAGUCCAAUGCGCAGCUCUUCUCGCAGGAGAAAUACGAUCUGUUCAGGGGAUCCUUCGAUGCAGCUGCCAAUCUCCAGCCCUCGAAUCUGGACUCCGGGGUUCACCAGCAGAGCAGCUUCUACACGCAGACUCCGCCAUGGAAGGAGUACCCGGAGGAUCAGGCCAUUCCACAUCCGCAGACUGUUCCACAUUUGGAUCCGCACAGCUACAAACAGUUCGCCCCACAGGUGUAGCAUAGUUUUUGGGGGCUGAAUAUGCGAUUAAGGAUUUUCCAGCGUGAUAUAUUUCAAGAUUGCGGAGAUUUGAUGGAUACUAAAUUAGGGAAACCCUUAGGAGAUACAUCUUUGAUUUACUUUUAAAACCCAAAGUAUCUUACUUAUCUUUCUCCCGGUUUCCUUACUUUACUCUCCUCGAAUCCCCAGCAAUCCGUUGAUAUAGGUACUAAGUGAGAAAACUAAUUAACUGCUCAGAUUAUCUCCUUAUUAGGAAUCAGAAAGUACUUCCAAUUCCCAACAACAAGCUAAUCUUUGAACUUAAUAAGUUGUAUAUUGCAGAAGGAUCCUCAAUAGAUAAAUGAAUUGUAUUCUAACUUAUCUUUUAGUUUUUCAAUGAUCAAAUUGGUUUCUUUUUUGCGGAUCUCUAGAAAUUAUUUGCAUCAAGAAGGAUCCUUAAAAGAUGAACCAAUGUUUUCAUAUAUCAAUAUUUUAAGUUCACUACAUUAUUAUCUAACGCUUGCUUUAAUCCAUUUUAAAUUGGUUUCUUACUUGCGGAUCUUCUAAAAAUAUUUUGAAGAAGAAUGCUUAAUCUGAAAAUUUCAAAUACAGCACUCUUUUUAAAAUAUUUUUUUCAUAUAAAUCUCGACUAUACAGUACCAAUCGGUUGUCCAUUAAGUGUAAGCGGAUAUGUACCUUGCCAUUUAAACAUAAGCCUAGACAUAAAGAUCACUGAGAUGUACCAGGUAUUAGCCAUAAUGAACUGUACAAUCGAAUAAGUAUAUGCAGGUUAUGCCAGAUUAUAUAGGAUAUAUCAGUUAUUGCAAUGCAAGGAAAGCGAGCUAGUCAGGGCCACAACUUUAACGUGAUAAGAUUGAAUUUCGAUGUAAAGCCAUAAAGAUCUAUUUUUGCAAAUAAAGUUGACGAUCAAAACGA